ACGAGGACCACAGCUCCCGGCAGCCCCCGCGCCGCCGGGCGCCGCAGAGCGCGCAGGGGGCGUGGCCACUCGCGACGGCGCGGCCGGUAGCCGCGACGGCAUUUUCGCACCCCUCUCGCAAAGAUGCUGUAUAUAGUCGGGCUGGGCUUGGGAGAUGCCAAGGACAUCACAGUGAAGGGGUUGGAGACGGUGAAGCGGUGUCACAAGGUGUACCUGGAGGCCUACACGUCCAUCCUCACGGUGGGCAAGGAAGCGCUGGAAGAGUUUUAUGGAAAAGAAUUGAUUUUGGCUGACAGAGAAACAGUGGAACAAGAAGCAGACAGCAUUUUAAAAGAAGCUGAUGUUUGUGAUGUCGCAUUUCUUGUAGUUGGUGAUCCUUUUGGGGCCACAACACACAGUGAUUUAGUACUACGUGCAGUAAAAUUGGGGAUUCCAUAUGAGGUCGUUCAUAACGCUUCGAUAUUGAAUGCAGUGGGUUGCUGUGGUUUACAGUUGUACAAUUUUGGAGAGACAGUGUCCAUAGUUUUCUGGACAGACACGUGGAAGCCAGAGAGCUUUUUUGACAAGAUCGAGAGGAACAGGCAGAAUGGAAUGCACACUCUGUGCUUACUUGAUAUUAAAGUGAAGGAGCAGUCUCUGGAGAAUCUAAUGAAAGGUAGAAAGAUUUAUGAGCCACCACGCUAUAUGAGUGUCAAUCAAGCUGCAGAACAGCUUCUUGCUGUUAUUCAGAAAAGAAGGCUCCAAGGAGAAGGAGCAGAAAUGACUGAAAGUACCAUUUGUGUUGGCCUUGCACGUGUGGGUGCUGCAGACCAGAAGAUUGUUUCAGGCACACUGUAUCAGAUGUCCACAGUGGAGUUAGGCGGGCCACUACAUUCCUUGAUUGUUACUGGCACUAUGCAUCCUCUGGAACUGGAAAUGCUUAAGCUUUUUUCUGUAGAUAGUUCUAGCUUUGAAAAUAAUGCAUUUCAACAGACCAAAAAAUAAAAUGUUAUUCCAUCUUUAUUUCCUGAAAGCAUGAAGUUCCUCCUGUGAGUAUUGCAAGCUUGGCCAAGUGCAGUCAGAGUGUAUAUUUUUCACAAGACAACACUGUAGGAACACAAACUCAUUUUAUCUGCACCUGCUGGCAUCAUCUUCUAACAUGUGGAAGCUCUCAGAAACCUUUAAAACUUAAAAACUUUGUGUCUGAUUCAGUUCAUUGACAGCUGCAUGUUGAGGAUUAUGAUAGUACAUGCCAUCAGAGAUCUGAAGCAGCACACCGGGUAUCCUGU